CUCGUCAUCCUGUCCCGUUCUCCUGUUGCCCGCUUGCCUGACCGUGUCCACGGGAACUGUAGUCUCUUCUGGCCGUCUCACGCCAGUCUCCAGCGGAUGCAGGUCUUGAGCCCAAGAAUGGGCCAUAAUCUUCGACGAGCCCACCUCCAGAGGCUCCGCCUUGACGCCGGCGCCGUCGUCACGGUUGCUCGUCUCGGGCCAGAUGGGCGAACCGCCUCUGGUGGACGGGCCGCCCACCCCCAAGAGGCCGCGGAGGCAGGUGGAGGAGCAGUCCUCGCGACAGUCGUCUGA